AUGGCCCGCCACUUUGGCGACUCUGUGAGUCCCCUCCCAAGGACCGAGACAGCUAUGGGGACGAUGCGACCUUUCGCCGCAUUCAACCGUCCUGUCGUACCACGACAUAACCCGUACGUUGCUCCCGUCGGGCCCGGCCUUGCGCCGCCCGGUCCAUGCUCCUGUUGCUCACCACCGCCGCCAGUUACAUACGAAGAUCUCAAGGCGUUGAAGAAUGACUGGUUGACGGAUAACAACAUUGCUUUCUGGGAAGAAUACCUCGAACGCGAACUGCUUCCCAAGUACCCGCAAGCCCGCAUCAUCCUUUUGCGCCCCUCCAUGACGUUCCUCCUCAUGAAAGAACCCGAUAUGCGCGCCAUUCGAUCUGCGCUGCCUGACUUUUCCAAGGUCACCCACAUCUUCCUUCCAAUCAACGACGCUCGCAACGUUGCACAGGCUGAGGGCGGUUCGCACUGGUCCCUGCUCCUCGUAUCGGCUAUUGACGGUGUCGCGUUUCACUAUGAUUCUCUCGGCGGCGCGAACUAUCAGGAAGCCCGUCUUGCCACUCGCAAAAUGUCCGAGAUCCUCAAUCGCCCGUUGCGCUUCCUCAACCUCGAAGACUGCCCGCAACAGGAGAACGGCUCUGACUGUGGCGUCUUCGUCUGCAUCCUGAUGCGCCACCUGCUCGUCAAGCGGCUGCUCAGCGCUAAUGCCCGCGAGAAGGUCAGCAUGAGCAUGGGCAAUAAGAUGAUUGACAGCCACGGUGGCAGGAAGGAGAUGUUAAAGAUUAUCGAAAGUUUCCGUAAGGAAGGCGAGAGGAGACGAUCAAGAAGCGCAUCGCCUUAUUCGUCCAAGACACCGCCGCGAAUCGAGUAAUGAUCGAUAUUGGGCAUGGGAGGAGACAUAGCACCCCGGCCAACGUCAGCUGGAGUAUGACGACUGAACGGCAGCCAGAUCACUUGCUGUACAACAUGGCCAUUCGACGUCCUUCGACACAGGCUGAAGACUGUCGGUCGACUGAUGACGCAAGACCAGAGGCCCUUGUGACCAUGGUCAUUGUCCGCGGAAAACAAGGAACCCAGCUUGACCGUAGUCAGUGGCCUGUCUGGACCGCGCCAGCAGAGCGCGCUUCAUGUCAUACCACGAGGGCUGCAUUAUCAGAUGAACCAGCUAUAGCGGGACGAAUUAGGGGCGGGCGGGGAUUUGCGAAUGAGGAUACCUGGAUCCUUCUCGGAGGCGUUAACGGUUGUGCAAGUUGCUUUUGCGCGAGUGAGCGGAUGAGAAGAAACGACGACACGCAUGAGUAGUGAACAGCUGAUAUCUCGCAUUGUACUCAAUACAUGUCGAAUUGGGUA